AUGGAAUGUUUUGUGGAUUGUGUGAUUGUGUUUGUACUAACUGAGGGCGCUUGGAGUGCGUGCGUGUCCCGCGUGUCUGUCGCCUCGCUGGAGCGCAGCGGGAGGGCGAAGUGGUUGAAGGCGCGGGCUCUGGACAGCUCGGCGGAAGCUGCCCGCGAUAACAGAAUGCUGUCUAAAGCUAUCACAGCAUAUCUGGACCUCCUCAAAAUGAACGAAGGACUCUCAGAUGAGAAGCUUCUAGAAGUUGCUCGUCGGACCAUCGAUAGAAUAAACUUCAGAGGAGUAUACCUGAACGCUGAACCGGUUUACAGGCUAUUAAUAAGAAGAUUCCCCGAUGAUGUUCAUUAUAGAAACAAUCUGACCGUGUCAUUUUUGAUGGCUAACAGGGCUGAUUUGGCGGAUGAAGUGCUGCGAGAAACGUUGCGACUCUGGCCGAAUGACCGUGUUGCGCUGGCACACCACGGCUUCGUUCUGAAAAAUCACUACAAUAAGCUUGAGGAAGCUGUCCAAGCACUCAAGAAAGCUCUAGAUGGUGACGCAGGACAAGCCAACGAACCAAGGUUCUAUUAUCACCUUGGCGAUGCGCUCCUAUUACUGGGAAGAUUCGACGAAGCCGAAGAAAUACACAAACGUGGCGCCGAAUUAGGGCAUUUCUUGUCACCAUCACAACGCUCCUUAUACAACGUGCCCAGACUACGAAGUAAGCCUUGGUGGCGAGUUGAAGAUACGCCAUAUGAAAAACUUGCUAGAGCAUUGGAAGCAUCGUGGCGCGAGAUCUUAAAAGAAGGAGAAGCAGCUAAAACAUUGUACGAAAAAGAGAAAGAGGGUUUGAAGGAGCGAGGGGAGUGGUCGCAGAUGGAUAUUAUGGUGAGGGGGCGGGAGAUCCCGGGGCGGUGCGCUAGGGCUCCGGUGACAUGCUCCGUAGUGAAGACAGAAAUGGCGGCGUCGGGCUGUAAGAGAGGUCAGGUCAAGUUCAGUAUGAUGGCUGCUGGAACACACGUGAGACCACACGUCGGACCAACAAACUGCAGGCUUAGGAUGCACUUGGGACUCAGUAAUACCAAAAACACUUAUAUACGGGUCGAUAAGGAAGUCAGGCAAUGGCAGUUAGGUAAGACGCUGUUGUUCGACGAUAGUUUCGAGCACGAAGUUUGGCAUAACGGCACCGGCACUCGCCUGGUGCUGAUCGUGGAUGUAUGGCAUCCUGACCUCACUCCCGCUGAGAAAAGACAACUACCCCCCAUAUAA